AGAGUUUCUGAUAAGCAGUUUGAUUAGUUAUGGUUGGCAAAAUAUGUUGAAGAAUUCUGUGACAAACAUUCAAUAUCCAUGUCACAAACAAAUCCAUUGUUUAUAACCGAGUAUGGUAUUUAAAUACAUUGCUUUGUGAAGACUAUCGGAGAUGAUCCGGAUGACUGUACUCGGGAUUCUCUGCUGGGUUCAUGCAGCUGCUGCAGGAACUCAUUCACUGCAGUUUUUUGGAAUGGCGACCUCCGAAGGGACAGGGCUUUCACAGUUUGUGUUUCUGGUGAUGCUGGAUGAUGUGCAAUACACGUCCUUUAACAGCACCAUGGAAAAACCUGUCCUCCGAACAGCCUGGAUGAAUGAGACUAAGGGUCGUGAGUUCUGGGAAAUAAUUCGCUGGCAUAUUCUCUAUGAUCAAGACCUCAUAAAAUGGAGUUUGCAAAAUACAGUCGAGCACUUUAACCAUACUGGAGUUCACACUUAUCAGGCCAUGGGUUACUGUGAGUUGCAUGGUAACGGGACCAAGCGGGCAUAUUUGUCUCACACGUAUGAUGGGAAGGAUUUUAUUAGUUUUGAUGUGGAGACCCUGACCUGGAUCGCUGCUGUGCCUCAGGCUGUCUUCUAUAAACACCAGCGGGAAGCUGACGCAGCCCGGCAACGGAUCGUUUUCAAAUAUUAUCGAAAGGAGUGUUUCCAGUUGCUGGAGUGGUACAUCCAGUAUGGGAUGGAGACCCUGCAGAGGAAAGUCCCUGCAGUGGCGCUGAUACAGAGGAAAGCGCGGGAAUCUGCAGGAACGGACGUCAUUUGCCACGUGACGGGGUUCUACCCCCGAGAGGUUGAGGUGAACUGGAUCAGAGACGGUGAGGCUCUGCUGGAGGAGGGGGUGUGGAGUGGAGAGGUGCUACCCAAUGAGGACAGAACCUACCAGCUGAGAAAGACCCUGACAGUGAGUCCUGAGGACCAGAAGAAACACAGCUACUCCUGCCAGGUGGACCACGCCAGUCUGGAUGAGAAGGUGGAUGUGAAAUGGGUUCCAGAGGCUGCUCUCAACAUGGGGUUUGUUGCUGGUGGUGUGCUGGCUGCUCUGGGUCUGAUCAUCGCAGUGAUUAUAGGAGCUCUCAUCUGGAAGAAAAGAGCAUCAGGUGCCAGGAGCCCUGACUACACACCAGCGCAGACAAAGGAACAAAGUGAUGCUUCAUCCAACUCAUCCAACUCCACCAACGACGACAGGUGUGACCCCAUUGCAGAGAAGCUGAUGACACAGACAGAAUAAACGACUCAGCUUCAUCUUUUCCACUUCAUUGUGCCUGAUAUUACCACACAGAGCGAUCGCACAGACCAAUAGACAAGGAAGCUGUGUGGCAGCCGUCUGUGUCAAAUUAAGAAUGUGAAGUCAUUUGUAGAAUUAUUUUAUGUCAUGUAUUAUUAUUUUACUGAAGCUUUGAGAUGUACAGAAGAUGUUCACUUUUCAGUGUACCUGUAAUAUUUCUGUAAAUAGUAAAUCUAUAUAUAUAUAUAUAUAUAUUAGUGUCACUUUUUUAACUUCUUUCAGUCUAAAAUAAUGUAAUGAGUCAAACUCUGAAAAAACAUUCUUUAAAUAACUGUAAGUGAAGCUUUUUGAGGAGCAUCUUGAAAUGUGAUCAAGAGUAUCAUGUGAAGCAUAAAUGUGUUUGUGAGGGCUGGGAGCCCCGCACAUGAAUAGGGGGCAGGGCAAAGCCCUGUGUAAAAUGUAUUUGUUUUGUGUUUUGAUUUAAAUGUAUUAUUUGUUUAUUUUAGAACCGGGUUACCACUCCGCCCCUGUGCAAUUUAUCAUUUUGUAUUUAUUUUGUGGUAUUAUUAUUAUUAUUAUUAUUAUUAUUAUUAUUAUUAUUAUUAUUAUUAUUAUUAUUAUUAUUAUUAUUAUUAUUAUUAUUAUUAUUAUUAUUAUGGUGAGUUUAGUAUUAUUAUUAUUAUGGUGAGUUAUUAUUAUUAUUAUUAUUAUUAUGGUGAGUUAUUAUUAUUAUUAUUAUUGUGGUGUUUUAUUAUUUGUAAAUGUGACUAUGAAGAGUCGUAGGUUUUGUUUGGCAGCGUGGAUGGGAAUCCCCAUCCACAAUUUUACAACCUCGUGGUGAUGUGUGGCUGUCGCUAGUGCGUUGUUAAACUAGCCGGCAGUCACACGUAAUUAAUAAACUGGUGCAGAUAGUGGCCGAGGGGUAAUAGAAUCAUUACUAGCUAGUUAAACCCCUCGGCGCGGUAUAUAAACCUGCAGCGCUCUCAGUUGGGGGUGGAGAGUAGUGGGGAGAACGUGAGCGAGAGAAGGCGUCUGAAAACAAAAGAAACUAAGAAACCAAGGAUCAGUGAAGGCUGCUGCCCAGCCUGACUUGUCUUCCUCAGUGUUGGUGAUGUUGUUUUGUUUGAUUUAUUUUUACUCUGUGUGUUUAUUCUUGUUAUUUAAAUAAACGGCGCUGCAGCGUCUUUGUGCACUGCA